UGUCAAUGUAUAAAUACAUUUGUUCACCUUUAUGCAGCGGCAGCUCCCACACGGGGGUCAAAGGGACCCGCUGCCCUCACUGUGGAUGCAUAACACAAGAAAAAAGUACCUUCUUUUACAACCUAAAUCCAGGUUUAGAGUGAACUUUUCCCGCGUGGACUUCGCUUAACAAGGGCUCUCAGCUGCUGCGUUCAAGCUCUGACUGUCACUGUACUUAGGGAGCUCUUCUUCUCUUGGCUGCAAUGGGGGUCAAAGCUGCACUGCCCAAAUAUGAGCUCUAUUUCUACAACACAGUGCUGAGCCUUGCCCUGCUCUGGGCCACCAGCUGGAUCUUUGAUGUCUCCAGUGCAAAUAUCAAUAGAAAAACAUUCAAAAGCAACAUUAAGCCUGGAUGGCACUACUUUGGGAGAAAAAUGGACACAGCUGACUUUGAGUGGGUGAUGUGGUUUUCUACAUUCAGAGAUCACAUCCUGUUUGCUCUUUCUGGUCAUAUAUUGUUUGCUAAGCUCUGCACUAUGCUGGCUCCACAGUACAGGUCCCUGGUGUUCCUGGUCUAUGGGGUCCUGGCUGUUUGGACCAGUAUGGGCUGGACCUACGUCACCCUGAUGCUGUCCCACUGUAUCCUGCUCUACAGCAUCUCUCUGGUGAAGAUCCGCUGGCUCUGCUUCCUCACUGGCCUCUGUACUCUGGCCUCAUUCAAGUGUGAGCCCUUUGUGUCCUGGCAGGCAGGUUUUGUGGAGGGGGACUUUGAACUGAGGCAUGUCCUUUUCUAUGGAGGCUGUGGCUUCACCAUCAUGCGCUGUAUUAGCUUUGCACUGGAAAAUUGUGAGAGAAAAGAUGGAAACUACAACAUCCUGGAGCUGCUCAAAUACAACUUCUACCUCCCGUUUUUCUACUUCGGACCCAUCAUGACCUUUGAUCAGUUCUAUACUCAGGUGAACAGGUGUGACUUGAGCAGAAAGGAGAGAGAGAUGUGGAACAUCAGCCUACAUGGGCUCAUGAAUCUGGGCGUCAUUAUUGUAGUGGACAUCCUCUUUCACUUCAUGUACAUCCUGACCAUACCCACAGACCUGAGGCUGCUGAAGCACCUCUCAGACUGGGCUCUAGUGGGGCUGGCCUAUGUGAACCUGGUGUAUGACUGGGUAAAAGCAGCUAUCAUGUUUGGAGCCAUCAGUACAGUGGCUAGACUGGAUUACCUCGACCCACCUAAGCGCCCCAAAUGCAUUACUUUGCUCUAUGUGUUCUCAGAAACACACUUUGACAGAGGAAUCAAUGACUGGCUUUGCAAAUAUGUGUACAAUCCACUGGGAGGGAGCCAUGACAGUGUGGUGCAGGAGCUGAUAGCCACUGUGUGCACUUUUGGAGUGACCAUCCUCUGGCUCGGGCCCUGCAAAGUUGUCCUUAUCUGGGCUUUCUUCAACUGUUUUGGCCUCAACUUUGAGCUGUGGGCUGCCAAGUUUUUCUCAAUGGAGCCUUUUGCAUCCUUUGAGACAGCAAUGUCAGCAGCAGGAUCCAGAAGAUUAAGAGCCAUCUUUAAUGCGUUCAACUUUUGGUGCAUUGUGUUGUUCAAUAUUCUGGCCUUGAACAGUCUGGACUUUGCUAAGAUGGUGGCUAAAAGACUGCUUCUUAAAGGAUUCCCCAUAACCACAGUUACGGUGCUAUUUGUCACCUACUGCCUGGUGCAGGUGAUAAAGGAGAGAGAGCGGAGACAAGCGCUGAUUGACGACCCAGACCCUGAGCCUUCUGCCUCUCCUUCAGACACUGACGCUCACACAGACUCCACCCAGGCUGCCACUGAGUCAGGCAAAGAGAAGUCAGAAUGAGAGUAGUGCAAUGUUUACCAACAGUAUUACAGACAAUUUAAUGCCAGGGAUUUUAAACAUUUUAUUUUGACCUUUAUGUAAAAAAAUAAGCACCAGAUAGAAGUUGUCCUUGUACAGCAUUUCAUUGAAGUCAUUCAUGUUUAUGCACAAUAAAAUUAUUAAUAAUUAUUUAAAA